AUGCUUGCAGACGUUGACCUGUCCCUGAAUGAACUGAAGGCUUUAAGCGAUGCUGUCGCAGGGUAUUUCUGUGAAGACCCAGCUACCUUCAAACUUGAAGAGUGUUGUUCCAUCUUUUAUUCAUUCUGUAAAAGGUUUGACAAAGCUGUACAGGAGAACAGAGAGCGAGAAGCUGUUGAACAAAGACACAAGCGCUCAGAGAGCAUGCAACUAGCUGCUAAACAACGCUCUGUGGCUUCAUGUUCAGCACUUGACCCUACAGAUGACUCAUGCUUAGAGUCAGCGCUGCACAACCUUCUAUCCAAACCCCCAUCUGGUUUAAGCAGAUGUAGGAAGAAUUAUCAACCCCAGGCUAAAGGCUUGCGUUCUGAAUCCUGUUCUCAGACUUCACAAAAAGAAAGGCCAAUUUCUUGCAAAACUACAGACAGCCCAGUGAAGAAACAAACUAAGCUACUUAAAGAUGUGGAAUUGGCAAAAUUGGAGAAGGAAGAAGCCGAAAAGAUGCGCGAGAUAACCCGGAAGGUAAUUUGCUACCAAAAUGUCAAAGGCAGCCGUAAUGAUGAGAUAUUGGGGAGUCCUCGGCAUUCGAAAGUAGAACAGGACGAAGCUAGUACUCCACGAACCCCUUCACUUAGAGCUAGGGACUACUUCUUUACCAAUAAUGGUAAUGUGGGAUCUCCAUGGACUAUUCUGAGCCCCAUAAGUUGCUCUCCGAGAAGCAACAGCCUGAGAGACACAGCCCGCAGAGGAUCAUCAACAUCUUCUGGAAAUGAUCCUGAUGAUGGAGUCUGGGAGAAUGAUGAAACUGACUUGAAAAAUUGUAAUAGUCAAGAAAGUCUGACUUCUCCAUUUGGAGGGUCUGCCUCCCUUCCUGAGUGUAUCCGUCAGAGAGCAUUGUCACAGGGACCACUGCCAAGGUCGGCCUCCGUGGAUGAAACCCUGCGCUCUCCUAGAAUGGGCUUCCGACUGAGAUACUUAUUCCAGAGGAGCGUAUCUCAAAGAUCCGUCUCCUCUGAAUCAAGAGUAGGAGACUUAAAGGAAAGAAGUGACAGAAAGGUGGAAAAUUACGCUGAAGGGACAUCUGGAUUGAAGUCUUUGUUUAAACUUAUUGGCAGCAGAAGUAAACUCUGCAAUUUGGAUGAAAAAACAUGA